UUCAAGUCCCUCCCUGUUUGAAUCUCAUUAGUUUCUUGUGUGUUUCUCCCUGUCAAUAAUCCUGAAUCCAGACUCUCUCUAUUUCCAUCCCUCUCUAUCUGUCAAUCAGCGCCGCCUUUGAACUGAAAACCACUCCGACCAACUUCAACUCACUCAAUCCGAGCGGCUCGGCUCCUUCUCCGGCUCCCCUUUUUCUGCCAAGAUUCCCUUCUUUUUUGAGUUUUCUACCAACCGGCCAGAGCUUUGGAAAACGCCAAUACAGAAACCCCCAAACUUACACUCGGACUUUCUAGAUCCCCGAGAUCAAGGGUUUUUUCAAAAAAAAAAAAAAACUUCGUGUUUUUUUUUUUGCCCCCCUCUUGAGCAAAAAAAAAAGAGAAGAUUUUUGCACGGGAAAAAUGCCGCAACUCAACGGCGGUGGAGGGGACGAUCUGGGUGCAAACGAUGAAAUGAUUUCCUUCAAAGACGAAGGAGAGCAGGAAGAGAAAAUUUCGGAGAACUCCUCGGCAGAAAGGGAUUUAGCCGAUGUCAAAUCUUCUCUCGUAAACGAGUCGGAAACGAAUCAAAACAGCUCGUCGGACUCAGAGGCGGAAAGACGGCCUCCGCCUAGAUCUGAAACUUUCAGAGACAAAACAAGAGAAAGUUUAGAGGAGGCUGCGAAAAGGCAAGAUGGAGGGCUGUUCAAGAGCCCACCGUACCCGGGCUAUCCAUUUAUAAUGAUCCCCGAUCUCACAAGCCCCUACCUUCCCAAUGGAUCACUUUCUCCAACAGCACGCACAUACCUACAGAUGAAAUGGCCCCUGCUAGAUGUUCAACAAGGAGGUCUUCAAAGUAGACAAGCACUUAAAGAUGCCAGGUCCCCAUCACCGGCACACAUCGUUGGGUCCUUCUGCUGGGAAUUCCCCGGACAGUCAGAUCUGAGCCUUCACCAAUUUCAUUUGUCUAAUAAGGUUCCAGUGGUACAGCACCCUCACCAUGUGCACCCUCUCACACCUCUGAUCACCUACAGCAAUGAGCACUUCACACCGGGGAACCCCCCACCUCACCUACAGACAGACGUGGAUCCCAAAACAGGAAUUCCAAGGCCUCCUCAUCCUCCAGAUAUAUCUCCUUAUUACCCACUGUCACCUGGCACUGUCGGCCAGAUCCCCCAUCCACUAGGAUGGCUAGUACCACAGCAAGGUCAACCUGUUUAUCCAAUCACAACAGGGGGUUUCAGACACCCCUACCCAACUGCGCUCACUGUCAACGCAUCCAUGUCAAGUCUUCUGUCCUCAAGGUUCCCCCCACACAUGGUGCCCCCCCACCACAGUUUGCACACCACCGGCAUCCCACACCCCGCCAUCGUCACACCCAACGUCAAGCAGGAAUCCUCCCACAGUGACAUCAGCUCUCUAAACAGCUCGAAACAGUCAGAUGCUAAAAAGGAAGAGGAGAAGAAGAAACAGGUCCACAUAAAGAAGCCUCUGAAUGCCUUCAUGCUCUACAUGAAAGAGAUGCGGGCAAAGGUGGUGGCUGAGUGCACACUGAAGGAAAGUGCUGCCAUCAACCAGAUCCUGGGGCGGAGGUGGCACGCCCUAUCUCGGGAGGAGCAGGCCAAGUACUACGAGCUGGCCAGGAAAGAGCGACAGCUCCACAUGCAGCUGUACCCAGGCUGGUCAGCACGAGACAACUAUGCGGCUAACCAACAGGGGAAAAGGAAGAAGAGAAAAAGGGAAAAGCAGCAAGCAGAGAGCAAUGAACACAGAGAAUAUUUUCCAAACCCUUGCCUUUCACUCCCUCCGAUUACAGACCUGAGCGCUCCUAAGAAGUGUCGAGCGCGCUUUGGGCUCGACCAACAGAAUAACUGGUGUGGCCCGUGCAGGAGAAAAAAAAAGUGCAUUCGCUACAUCCAAGGUGAAGGCAGCUGUGCCAGUCCUCCCUCUACGGACGGAAGCUUACUAGACUCCCCCCCAUCCUCCCCCUCCUCAGUGGCCCCCUCCCCCUCCUCAAAAGAGUCCAAACCUCAGACUGAACAAAUGCAACCUCUCUCACUGACUAUGAAACCGGCCCACCAGCCACUCCACCACUCGCACCUCCUGGCUGGGCCUCCGCCAUCUUUGGUUCAGCUGGACAACUCCGCUGCGGCAAGCAAAACGCCCGGCGCCUCCUCCCACAAUGGAGCCCUGGAGCAUGGCGGCGACGUCUCGUCCUCGCGGCAGCCGGGCUCCUCUGUGGCGUCCUCGAUGGCCCGGUCCUCGGCAUCGCUGUGUCAUUCCCACUCGCUCCUCCCCUCCUCGGCCCCUCAGCCUCUGUCGCUAGUGACCAAGUCUAUAGAAUAGUCUGCCCUAUUCUUCUCCUCUUUUCUAGCUCUGCACACACACACCUUUCUAGGCCCUCACUCUGCUAUAUUUCACUGACCGUCAGCUCUUUUUUUUUUUUUUUUUUGUUCUCUUUUUCCGUUUCUGUGCCAUAAGGCUUUGAAAUUUGAGUUCUUGUUUUAUUAAAGUUCAUUGGUCAAUAUUUGACCCAUCAUUAUCAAAAAAAAAUUAAUUAUUAUAAAGAAAUGAUACAAUGAGCUGUAGUUAUAGCUUUGUGAAUCUGCCAAAAUUUUUAUGAAUUUUUGUUUUGUCUUUUUUUGUAGUGUUCAACAGUGCAAACAGAAAACACAUAUUUAGUUCCACUUCCAAAUGUUUAAAAAGACGGAUAUAAAAAGGUAGGCUAGAUUAUUCAAUGAGCCCUUUUCUUGAAAGAGUUGGUUCUCCUUCUUUAUUUGUAUUAAAUACGAGCUCGCGAACCAAUCAUCUGACAUCUGUUCAAACUCUCCGAGGGCAUGAGGCUAGCGGUGACACCUCUCUUGAGGAACAACUUUAAUUGUGAUGUUACUUGUUCUUGUUUAAAUGUACAGAAUAAUGGGGAGGGGGGGGAUUACUGUGUUAAAUAUGCAUUCUUCCACUGCGUUGUCUUUUUUUUCUUUGUUGUUUACCUAUGGGGUGGAGUCAGGCAAGUUGGGUGGGCUUGAGGGGAGGUCGGGGUGGGAGGGUUGAGGGUUAUUAAAUUCAAAAUGUCACAACGCUAGGACCAGUAGUAUUUAUUGCUUUAGAGAUUGCUUGUUGUAUCUUGUACGUGUCUCUUUUUGACCUUUUUUUUGUUUGUUGUUUUUUCGUUUCUUAUUACAUUGUACAAAAUAUUUUUUUCUUAAGGUAAGCGACUUCUAAAUGAAUGAUCCAUUUUUACAAGGAGGUUUUAAAAAGGCAAACUGGUUUGUUAUUGAUUUUCUUUCCUCUGAAAACCUGGAUUCCACUCAGUGUACUGUGUAGAUCUCAUGAACAGAAGUAUGCACAACUUCAUUUUCAAGAAAUGCGUCUAUAAGCCAUUUAACAAAAACAAGAAGAAAAGAGAAACUUGAAACAAGA